GGGAUGGCUGUGAUACAACCCGCUGGCUGUAUUCAGUAGAUAGCCAGGCCAUAGCCAUGCUGUAUAGUAGGAUACUCUGUUUGCUCUUCUUCGUCGGGGUCGCCGCCUGUGCCGUUGUUCCCACCUCCACACUCCUUAAGGUGGCGUCCUGCUCCAGCGUCAACUCCUCAAGAACGCUAUGUCUUACCUCCAACAACUGCAGCGGCCGAGAGGCGAAGGAGAGCUGCAUGCUGGUGCUGUCGGUUCCCCCGGAGGUGGAGAAGCAGUCAUUGCUGCAAGUGGCCGAUGAUCAGGGUCAUAUUUCUCAAUUUGAAGUCGAACGACAGGCGCUGCAAGUUGCUGCAGAAAGACAAGAAAGGAAGCUAACUUUGUUCCAAGUGUGGAGCAUGGGCUGCCUGAGCGUGGGGAUCAUCAGCCUGUCGGGUGUGACCGGGGCGGUGCUGUGGCCGAUCAUCAACAGCCCGCUCUACAACCAGCUUAUGUCUGCCCUCAUCGGGCUGGCCACCGGAUCUCUCACCUCCACCGCCCUCUUCCAGCUGUUACCUGAGGCGUUCGGGCUGAAGGAGCUGACCCAAUCGGACGACUACCUGCACACGGCCCUCUUCGCAUGGUUCAGUCUUUGGUCCAUUUUCGUCAUCGAAGGAUUUUCCAAAAUCGCUUUUAAGAAACCAGAAGAGAAGGUGGCGUUAAAGUCUAACGGAGCGGUGGAAGAGAGAAUGCAGCUAAAAGAACAAGAAGAACAGAUCGGCCAUGAUCAUGGGAUCAAGUCAGGGAAGAAGAUAGCCGCGGUGGCCUGGAUGAUCAUCUUGGGCGACGGCCUCCACAACUUCAUCGACGGGAUGUCCAUCGGUGCCGGGUACACACAGUCCCUUGGGACAGGGUUCGGUCUCAGCGUCGCCAUCGCCUGUGAAGAGUUCCCUCACGAGCUGGGAGACUUCGCCAUCCUGCUGCAGUCUGGACUGCCGCUGAAGAAGGCUCUUUUGUACAACUUCCUAUCCGCCUGCACCGCCUUCAUCGGCCUCUUCUUGGGCAUCCUCCUGGGUCAGCUGGAAGGAGCGCACCUGGUCUUCGCCUUCGCUGGUGGUCUCUUCCUCUAUAUAUCCCUCGCUCAUCUGAUUCCGGAACUGAAAGGGGCCGUCAAAGAGAGGCUGAAGAAGAGCAAGGGCGAAGCUACCGUCUUCUUCCUACUCCAAAACAUCGGCAUCAUCACCGGAACCUCCAUCAUCUACGUCAUCACCAAGUAUAACGAUGCCAUCACCAACGCUCUCUGAUAUUAGCCUUCUCUAGCGCAUGCGUACAACAGUGUCUGUGAUCUAUCUUAACUGAUAUUUAUUCAGUCAGUUCCCUCCACGACUUGGACUCCUACUACAUACUGCUAUUGCCCUCUAACUGACUUUUUUGUUACCAAUUUUUAACUUUUGAGAUUUUCAUGCUAUUAGUACUACAAGCUUCAAGAAGAAUACUAGGCCUGGGAUUCUUUUGGUUGUGCCCAGAUAACUCAACCUGAUAUUGUGCCUCAUGCUACAAGCCACUAGCACCUUGUUAGUACGCGUAAAUAUCUUUGAUCAAAAGUAUUUUAAAAUAUAAAUAAAUGCGGAAGGUACAAACGACAUGUAAAAUAAUUGAGAGAGUAAGAUUAAAUAAUUAGUUACCUGUAUAUAAUUUUCUGUGAUUGACUUUCAAGGUAGGCUGCGCACCCUUACCUAGCCGCCAAAUGAGCACUUCCUUGAAUAGUCAGCUAGAUUAGAUUAAUGUCAAAGUAUUUUAUAUGUUACUGUAAUAUAUGUAUUAGACUUAUAAUGAUUUUUCGAAUAUGUGUUUAAAAAUAGUAUGUACCUAUUUAAUAUUGUCGAAUAGUAAAUCAUAUUGAUUAUGCAGAUAUUUUAAUAUGCUGAAAUUUCUGUAUGUAUAUAUUGGAUGCAUAUUAUAUGCAUUUAUAACUGAAAGGUUUUUAUUUUUACCAAGAUCAUAAAAGUCUAAAUGUUUUUUUUUUUAAUUUGAUUCCUUAAACUUAGACUAAUAUUUUAAUAGUUGUUUAUAUUUUAAUUAAAUAAACGAAAAUUAUACCGAAAAUUAAAGUUACAA